UAUUGAAGUGUCCGAGGUUUGAAAGGAAAUAUUAUACCUUGUCUAAAUUAAAUCCAGAUCACUUUGAACCACAGCUUUUUUAUUCUUGCCACCUGAAACAGCAUGUUGUGGUAGUAACUCUUAAUAGCCACAAGAUGGCCUUAUAGAGCCCCGCGCCCCGUGUUCCUGUCAUUUUUCCAUGAUCCCCAUACAACCACUAAAAGACUCUCUCUGUAUCUCGGAGGAGGGUUUUGCCACAGAAUGCGACAAAUUUGAAAGUGUGCUCGUUUCUUGUGAGAAAAUUGUCGUUUGUUUGGUAUGUUUAAAAGCCAAACAUGGAGUCUAGUCAAAGUGGCGUGUGUGUCCCUUGCUGGUUUUUCUGCCAGUGUCCCAUCUCCGGCCUCUUGUAGUAUCUCCGGCUCUCCCCUCACUCGGUCCUGCAGCUGCCACUGAAGUUACCAUUAGCAACUGGGCAGCGCCCGACCCAACACACAACACUUCCGCGGAUGUCCCGGGCAACACGGUAGGUGGAACUCCACGGGUUGUUUCUGUACCGACUUUAAAGACCGUCACAUACACUAGCUGUAGACACGAACUCUCUUGAUUGCGUGUGUUUUCUGCGAGUUUGUCACUGUCUUUGCGGCUCGCUAGCCGGCUAGCUGAACGCGCUAGCUAACAUUGUCAAUAAGCUCAGUGUCGAGCAGCUGAGUGGCGCUAGCUUGUGAGUGGGAGCUGCGGCUGCCCAGAGCACUGGACCAAUAACCGCCUUACGUGAAGCAGGGGCCACUUCGUGGGAGUGUGUGCCAUCUCAGUAAUCAUCGACAAUGUCCAACUCUUAUCCAACUGUAUAUAUCGACAGUUCGAUGUGGCGUGGCUUUGUUAUCUGACCAGCACAGCACGGCUAGGUAACUGUUCGUGUACGUGUGUGUACGUGUGUGUGUACGUGUACGUGUACGUGUACGUGCUGUCAGCCUGGUCAGUGUGUUUGUUUGAGAUCUGGUUACAAAGGUAAUGCAGGUGCUCAGACACGCACACACACUGUGGUGAGAGAGGUGAGGCACAGAGCCAGCUUCGGCCAGCCACUCCUCUAACAUUACCAUAAACUCUUCCCCCCACAAAUACAGGUUCUUGAUGUCAUUAUUGAUUAAUCUGCUCAACCACAUUGGGGCACAACCAGAUAAGAUAAGUAAACGCUGUUCAUGCUCCAGAUCAAUGCAGCGUUCACCCUCCAUUGGAUCAUUCUGUCCAUGGAAUGCCAAAAAAUUAGACAAUAGUACAAAACUCCAGGUAUACAAUACAUGAAGGUGACUAAUCAGUUCAUCGACUGGUCGUCGCUGCUCUAAUUCUGUGGUCAGCUGUGGGCCCAAACAACAUUUACACAGAUGACGGAAAUUCACGCAGCAGUUACAGGCUCAUGAAAGUCAGAUCAGGAAACCACCUGAUCAGGUAGGGUGAGUGUUGGUUGGCCCUCAGGCGAGCUCAGCUGCACAGUAUUUCAUAUUCAUGUGCGUGAACAAGUAGCACUGGAUCAAGAAUGAAUCUUAAAAUGUUAUUAGAUGGGUUGUUGCCAGUUGUUGAUUUUCUGUGCAGUUUUUUUUUGUACAAAAAUGCUACUCAAUUAGUGUUAAACACACAGGCUGCAGAGAUGGAGAUCCCGUUUACUCUUGGUGGGAUAUCUGAGGAAUGGCAUGCUAACUAUGUAGCAGGACACAAUGUAAACUCACACAGAUUUCCAGUAAAGGCCUUGACAGACAAGUGGAUCAUAGGCUCUUAGGAGGUUAGACUUGGCAGGCCAUGGUUCACACCUGAUGUCACAGUGAAUGGCACUACCAUGUUGCCAGGCGUCGGUGUGUUUGGCACAGGGAGCACAGCCCGGGUGCUGGUCCCAUUGUUGAAAGCUGAAGGCUUUGAUGUUCAUGCACUCUGGGGGCGAAGCGAUGAGGAAGCGCGCUGCCUGGCCAAGGAGCUUGGAAUUCCGUUUCACACCAGCCGAUCUGAUGAUGUCCUGCUGCACCAAGAGGUUGACCUUGUGUGCAUCUAUAUUCCACCCUCGAUGACGAGGCAGAUUGCUGUCAAAGCACUGGGUAUAGGUAAGAACGUUGUGUGUGAGAAAGCUGCAACUGCUGUGGAUUCGUUUAAGAUGGUGACCGCUGCCAGAUACUAUCCCCAGCUGCUCAGCAUUAUGGGUAAUACCCUGCGCUUCCUGCCAGCUUUUGUUGCAAUGCACCAACUGUUGGUGGAGGGGUACGUCGGUGAAAUGCAGGUGUGCGAUGUUCGGGUGUACGGCCCAAGCCUCCUGAAUCAGUCGUACGGCUGGACCUGUGAGGAGCUGAUGGGAGGAGGUGGUCUGCACACCGUCGGCUCUGCCAUCAUCGACCUGUUAAGUUACCUGACUGGUGCUCGAGCCCAUCGGGUGCAUGGCUUACUACGGACCUUUGUGCAACAAAACAGUUUGAUCCGUGGCAUCCGCCGCGUCACCAGCGACGAUUUUUGUUUCUUCCAAAUGUUGAUGGGUGGAACUGGGUCAAGUUCUGGGGGCGUGUGUUGCACUGUGACGCUGAACUUCAACAUGCCAGGGUCGUUUGUGCACGAGGUCAUGGUUGUUGGAUCAGCUGGGCGGUUGGUCGCCAGGGGGACAGAACUGUAUGGUCAACGCAACGGCAGUAAAGGUGAGGAGCUGUUGCUAGGCGACAGUGGAUGGGUGGGACCUGAGGUGAAAGAGAUGCCGCUGCCUCACCUGCGGGGGCUGAGCUCCAUGGUGAAGGCACUGAGAGAGUCUUUUCAGGCCCACGAGGAGCGCAGGUCAUGGGCACAAGGACCAGUUGCCAUGGCACCGACAUUUGAGGACGGUCUGUAUGUGCAGACGGUGGUGGAGGCUGUGAAGCGGUCCAGCUCUAGUGGAGAAUGGGAGUGUGUGGAGAUCAUGAGUCAGGAGCCAGAUCCCAACCAUAACUUGUGUGAGGCUCUGCAGAGAAAUAAGAACUAAAUAUAUUUAUGCAACCAGUGCAACUACUACAUGUCUGACAAAACUGGUCUCCGAAUGUUGCUCCUCUACUUCUGCUGCUCUGGCAGUUUACCUAACACAUGACUACUUUGCAUUAACACAUUCUGUCACAGUUUGAACAGAAGAGAAUUUAACUGUGUUUUAGAUGUUUGUACCCUCACAGUUGCUAUUUGUUUGUACACUAAAUUGUCUUCCACAGCUCCAUUAUUCUGAUUCUGAACAGAAAAAUGUGAUAAAAGCUCUGUACUUGGUUUACGUGUGCCAAAGUCUACCAUGCCAAAAAAGUAGACAACAAUUCUUUUAGACAUAAUCCACAAUGAUCAGAUAUUUUUUUGCUUAUUGAUACCUAAUGUUGUGGCGUGAUGGCGUCAUGACUGCAAAUUCCCUGCCAGAUAAGGCAGAUCUAUUUCACCUGUCAGUAACGCACUACACCUAUGUCAAAUAUUGGCUGAAAUCAAAACGGAGUGGUUCUCAAGAACAAUUGAAUAUCUGAGCUUAGAAUUUCUUUUCACUUUAAGCAGUUUGUUUGGGUACGUGAAUGUAGAAAGAAAAAAAAUGAGUACAGUAUCCUUGUUAUAUGCCAGAAUGUUUUUUUCAGUUUUUAGUUUUUUUAUAGGAGUUUUUAGGAAAAUGAACAGACCAGGGGACAAAGUGUCGAUCCCAGACCUGGUGCACAAGCAUAUACACAUUACUGGCUUCAAACUGCCCUUUGCUCAAUUUUCCAAUUUUUGAGAAUCACAAGGAUUAGUAAAUAGUCACAAACAAGUGUGUGUGUGAGGUUAAAAUCGUACUUUAGGUUUACAGUCCAACUGAAAACAUUUGAAUCUUUACUGAAAAUGUCAUUUAUAUGUUCAUAAAUAUGUUGAUGUUAAUGUAUUCCCAACACCAAUAGCACCUUGUUCUGAAUGGAAGUGUUCACCACAAACAUGAAUGUAAAUUUAAAUCAUGUGGAUGAUUUGACUAACAAAGUCCUCUCACUGACUGCAGCGUGAUCACUCUGUCAGAACUCAGAUAUUGUCCAGUGGAGAUCAACCUCUGAGCUUCAGAAUAAGAAUAGUGGAGCGGUGUAGAAUUUUUUUUUAAAAAGAAAGUCUGUAAUACUAAGCAUAAAUUUAAAAUGCUCAAAGCAUUGUUAGAAGGGCUUGUAGGUUUUUUUUAAUCUUACAAACUGCCAUGACAUGAUACCAGGGAUUGAGCGAAAUAAGCUAUGUAGGGAAAGGAAUAAUAAAGUCUGAUUUGUAGCAUUGUCCCUCAAAAUGCCCAUUUCUUUAAGUGGUACUUCAUUUUAAUCGUAGCUUUGAGUAUCACUCAAACCCUAUCAUAUAGGAAAAGCUGUAGAACGUUGGAGUUUCCUGCUUCACAGACGGGGCAGCUGUGGGGAGCUGGAGUGGACUCCGGUAGUGUCAAGUUGUUAUGGUCAAAACAACAUCUAAACCCCUCAAACCACACCUGCAUCAUAUUCAUAUUUUCAGCUAUAAAUUCAUCAAAAUAAAACUUCUAAAUGAAAACAUCACUUUAAGCAGAUUUUAGGAUUCCAUGUCAUUCCAACAGACAAAUCAUUUGGACAGAGGUGAAAUGCCCCAGAGGGAUUUAUGGGAUUGUUUGGUACCUGUUUUUCAACCACUGACACUGACUGAAGGAGGAAACUACCGUCUUUCAACAGCCGCUUGUCAAAUUUACACAUAGGACAGAUUGUAGGUGGAGAAACAUGUUCAAUCUUUUUACAUUAGCAGAAACAGGCUUUGUCCUGGAAAGUGACCUUUUAUUGUUUAACCGUCAAAGUUUUAGAUACAAAUCCUGAGUUAAAAUGUUUAAGGAGUUUGUUUAAAUGUCUGAACCAUUGGGGUAAUUUUAUGUUUUACAAGAUCUAGUUUCAUAAGGUCUAUGCAUUUAAAGUUAUUACAGAUGUUUAAAUCCUGACAGCAGUCGUCCUGAAACCUUGCUGAGCUUUUCAUUGAGUAGAAUCACUGGACCUGACGUGCGAGAGAGUAGAAAUGUGUUCCUCUCUAACGUGUUUACACAACGAGGCAGGAAGUGUGAGUUUGUGGUUGUUGUAGUCACUCACUGCAUCCCACUUCUGCUGAAUAUCCUAAAAAAUAUUAAAGGCAGAUGUACUGCUUUGGUCUGAUUGGUCAGCCUCCUUCUUAGACCCACGCAGGAUCUGCAUAUAAGGACAUGUACACGUUACACGCUUUACCUCACGCUAUUCCAACAGUGCUUCACAAAAAAAAAGUUUACAUUUAGUGUUUUUUAAGACAUUUGCUUGCAGGAUGUUCCACAACCCACCACUAUUAAGAUACAUUCCAACUGAGUUUGCAUCGUCUCUUACGAGUUGUAUUUAUUUUGUUUUUUUGCACUGAUAACUGAUAAAAUGCCACCGAUUUAAUAUGCAGUGUGAUGCUUGUACCAGCUAGCUCACUGCAAAAAAAAUAAUUUACAUUUGUCUGUGUAAGGAAAGCUUUACGUAUUUAUUUAUGUUGAUUUGGAGAAAGUUUCCCUUUGUUCAUUCUGUGUGAAUUUCUGUUUAAAGCUGUAAUAUUUAUCUUGUUUGCUUUAGUGUUGUUUUAAUUGAUAACAUGGCUUUUUGAGCACAAUGUGUUGUGUCUAAGUUGGGUAACUGUACAACUCAAUCUGCCAGACAACAAUUUUCUUUAAUAAAUACAAUUGUCCUCAUACAGUG